AUGUCACUUUUGACAGAUACGAUUAUCCUAACAAUAUCAAUCAUUGGAUUUUUGUUUGGUGGUUGGAAGUUUUUUGUUGGACAACUAAGAGAAAAUUAUGAUGUACAAAAUCGAAUUGUAAUUCUUUCAUUUGUAAUUACGUUUGCAUUAAGUUGCGUAAUGUUCGAAUUGAUCAUAUUCGAAAUACUUGGUUUCUUACAAUCCACAUCACGAUAUCUUCAUUGGCGCAUUGGUCUAUCUACGAUGUUAUUUCUACUUGUCUUUCUCAUUCCAUUUUAUAUUGCAUAUUUAUUGUUAAAUUCAAUCAAAAUCGUACGCGAUUUUCGUCUUGUACUAGUUUUUACAGUGAUUGCAUGGUGCUUUUAUUUGUAUACGUUCUGGAAAUUGGGUAAUCCAUUUCCGAUUUCGAAUCGAAAUGAAUUUUUCAGUAUUGAACAAUGUAUCAGUCGAGUCGGUAUCAUUGGUGUUACAGCCAUGGCGAUUCUCAGUGGAUUUGGCGCUGUCAAUUGUCCAUAUACAUAUAUGACGUAUUUUAUUAGACCUGUCACCGACAAAGAUGUAACUGACGCACAAAAACGUUUAAAACAAGUAAUGGAAAUACUUGCAUUAAAGAAAAAACGCAUUGCAUCUAUUGAAUUUGAAAAUUCUCUGAGAAGCAUGUCAGGUUCAUUUAAUUCACUGAACAAUCCAUGGAAUUUUAUUCGGCGCACAUGGAACUCUUGUCUGACAUCACAAUUAACAAAUCAAAUAACAUCCUCUUAUAAUAGUAUCAAUUUAAUUAAACAAGAUAUAUCGACAUACGAAGAAAUCUACUCACAAUUAUACAAUGAUUUUGUUGAUCUACAAGCUAUACAACAACGUAUUGAAUAUUCGAAAACAUUUCAAGGACAGUAUUUUCAUGUCUUAGGGCAUUUUUUUUCAUUAUAUUGUAUAUGGAAAAUUUUUAUUUCAUUUAUAAAUAUUAUUUUUAACCGAGUCGGAAAAGUUGACCCAGUGACGAAAGGCAUUGAAUUAACCGUACAUUAUUUUAAUUUUGAAUUUGAUGUACAAUUUUGUUCUCAAUAUGUAUCAUUCAUAUUAAUUGGUAUUAUUGUUGUAACAAGUAUUCGUGGUUUAUUAAUUACAUUAACUAAGUUUUUUUACUUUAUAUCCAGUGGUCGUUCAUCAAAUGUUAUUUUCUUAUUUCUUGCUCAAUUGAUGGGCAUGUAUUUUAUAUCAUGUGUGCUUCUCAUUCGAAUGAAUAUGCCAGCACAGUAUCGACAAAUAAUUUCGCAAGGGCUUGGUGAUUUACAGUUCAAUUUUUAUCAUCGUUGGUUUGAUUGUAUUUUUUUAAUUUCUGCAUUAUUCAGCAUUGGCAUUCUUUAUUUACAUUAUCGAUCAUCGCAACAAUCAAUUUCGCUUUAUGAUAAAAAUUUUGAAAAGAUUUAUGCUUAA